AUGGGAAAUCAAUCAUUCCUAUCGGUUGUCUUUAUUCUUGUUCAAUUAAUUCUAACAACACAUUCACUUUAUUUUCACAUACGUGAAACUGAACGUAAAUGUUUCAUAGAAGAAAUACCAGAUCAAACGUUAGUUAUUGGUAAAUAUAAAGUUGAAUUAUUCGAUGCUAAUUCCAAUACAUAUCUACCAUCGACGCCUGGCAUUGGUAUGCACGUUGAAGUUAAAGAUCCUGAUGAAAAAGUUGUUUUGUCAAAAUUAUAUACGAGUGAAGGGCGUUUUACUUUUACAUCACAUAUUCCUGGAGAACAUGUUAUUUGUUUAUAUUCGAAUUCAACUGCUUGGUUUGGUGGACAACAAUUACGUGUUCAUCUUGAUAUUGAUAUUGGUGAACAUGCUAUUGAUUAUCAACAAGUUAGUGCGAAAGAAAAAUUAACUGAACUUCAGCUACGUGUUAGACAAUUAUUAGAUCAAGUUGAACAGAUAAGCAAAGAACAGAACUAUCAACGUUAUCGUGAAGAACGUUUUCGCGCUACAAGUGAAUCAACAAAUCAACGUGUAUUAUGGUGGUCAAUAGCUCAAUUACUUAUUCUUGUUAUAGCUGGUUUCUGGCAAAUGCGUCAUCUUAAAGGAUUUUUCGAAGCUAAAAAACUUGUUUAA